AUGUCUCGUACAAUUCUCAAUAUGAGUUUUUUUCUAUUCAUCAUUUUACUUAAUGGAGUCAUUCAAACUGAAGCAUCACCAUCAGCUGAUAUUGGACAAUUUUUUAAUAAAAUGGGUGAUAAAUUAUCUCAAACAGCAGCUACAAUUAAAGAUUACCUUCUCGAACUUUUCUAUCGUUUUCGAGCAUUUUUUAUUGGCCAUUCAGAAUCAACUCAUCAAUCGAUGACAUCACGAGGUUGUGGCUAUGCACAAGAUGAUCAACCAGCUAUUUAUAAUAAACAUGCUACUGUUGUUUCUAAAAUUAAAGGUGGUAAUGAUGCUAUUUGGCAUACAUGGCCAUGGAUGGUAUCAUUAUUUACAAGUCCUCGUCAAGGUUGGAGUUGUGCAGGUGUACUUAUAAAUGAAAAUACAGUAUUAACAGCUGCACAUUGUUUAACACAUACAUCAGCUGGUGAAAUGAAAGCAAUUAUUGGUGUACAUACUAUACUUGGUAAAUUAAAUCCAUUAAAUUAUUAUUCAAUUAGUGCUAUACAUCGACAUCCAAAAUUUGAAAACUGUUGUAAAAAUGAUUUAGCUAUACUUAAAUUAAGUAAACCUGUAUUAUAUGGUCCAAAAAUAAAUUCUGUUUGUUUACCAUUUCAACCAUAUGCAAAUAUCAGUCAAGGACGAGAGCUUGUUAAUCGUACCGGUAUCAUUAUUGGAUGGGGUGAUAGUUCACAGAAUACUAUAACAAACAUGGUUAAAAGUUUUACAUUACAACAAGCUGAUGUACGUAUAUUUGAUGAUUACUAUUGUCGUCGUUCUUAUGGUCAUGUCUUUGAUCCAAAUACAGAAAUUUGUGCUGGUGAUUAUGAACAACUAAGAGAUACUAUGAGUGGUGAUUCCGGUGGUCCUUUACUUAUUCGUCAAUCCGAUGGUCGUUGGACUGUUCUCGGUAUAACAUCUUAUGGAUCAGCAACAUCACCGAGUUUAGCACCAGGAGUCUAUGUUAAACUUUCAGCUCAUGCACAAUGGCUUGAACCAUUUAUAAAAUCAAACUAA